CUCCAAAAGGUAAUAUACACCACAAACAUAUGCACCCAAAAAGCCAACCUUAAUCUGGGGAAUCUUCUCUUUUGCUCUCUUUCAAUGGUGUCCCCAUGUCUCAGCUUCAAUCUCCAUCACCCCACUUCUUCUUCCUCUUCAAACUUCAGACCUCUCACCCUCACUCUCCCUAAGGCCCUUAGGCCCUCUCCUUCCUCCUCCUUUCCAAGAUCAAAUGAACUCAAACCCUACACGAAGCCCACCACCAUCCCACUUCCCAAACGGCGGACCGCCUUGGCCCCGAUGACCGUCCUCAGCCGACCGCCCGGGCUUGAAUUCGAUGCGGACCCGACCCUCACCAAUGAAGACCUCCGCCCUACAACUCCUCGAGAGCGGACUUUCUCGGGCUGGGAAAUGGCGAGCCUGUGGGUCGGCCUCGUGGUGGGAGUCCCGUCGUAUUACCUUGCCGGAUCGCUCGUCGACCUCGGGAUGGCAUGGUGGCAGGGGAUCGCGACCGUGGUGGUGGCCAACCUGAUCCUCCUCGGCCCGUUGAUCCUCACGGGGCAUCCGGGGACCCGGUAUGGUAUCCCCUUCCCUGUCCUGGCCCGGUCCUCGUUCGGGAUUCGCGGGGCCCAUGUCCCGACCCUGCUGCGGGCUCUCGUGGGCUGCGGGUGGUACGGGAUCGAGUCGUGGAUUGGCGGCGAGGCGAUCUUCGUCCUGCUCCCCAAGUCCAUCAAGCAAUCCUCCUCGAUGCUGACCCAACCCGUCCCGUGGCUCGGGACCUCACCGCUCGAAUUCGCGUGCUUCCUCGCAUUCUGGACCGCCCAAUUGGCCAUUGUUUGGAAAGGGAUGGAGGGGAUAAGAAAGCUAGAGAAGUACUCGGCCCCAAUCCUGAUCUCCCUCACUUCAUGCCUCCUGGUUUGGGCCUACGUUAAGUCCGGUGGGCUUCACCACAUGCUAUCCCUCUCCUCGAGGUUGUCUCCCUCCCAGUUCUGGGCCCUCUUCUUCCCUUCCCUCACCGCAAACAUAAGCUUCUGGGCCACACUAGCCCUCAACAUACCGGACUUCACGAGGUACGCAAAGGCCCAGAAGGACCAAAUCUUGGGCCACAUUGGACUCCCGAUCUUCAUGGGCCUCUUCACGUUCGUGGGGCUCGCCGCAACGUCCUCGACGAAGGUGAUCUUCGGCGAGGUCAUCUCCAGCCCGAUCCAGCUCCUGGAGAGGAUUGGAGGUCCCGUGACAAUGAUCCUCGCGAUCCUAGGCAUCUCCCUAGCGACGGUCACGACCAACAUUGCCGCCAACGUCGUGGCCCCCGCAAACGCCCUCGUCAACCUCAGCCCAUCGACAUUCACGUUCCGGCGCGGGGCCCUACUAACAGCCCUCCUCGGGAUUGCUUUCCAGCCCUGGAGGCUCCUCAAGUCGAGCGAGAGUUUCGUCUACACGUGGCUCGUGGGCUACUCCGCACUCCUAGGCCCGAUCGGUGGGAUAAUUCUUGCAGACUACUAUCUAAUCCGUGGCACAAGGUUGAGUGUCAGGGACCUGUACUCCCUGAGUCCUAGUGGCGAAUACCAUUACACCAGGGGCUAUAACUUGGCAGCCCUGGUGGCGCUCGGGAUCGGGAUUUUGCCGGUGAUCCCAGGCUUCCUCCACAAGGUCGGAGCUCUCGGGAACAUCCCGAAUUCGUUUGUUACCAUAUACAACAACGCGUGGUUUUUCAGCUUCUUUUUGGCUGGUUUUGUGUAUUGGGUCAUGUCGAAUUUGGCCGGGAAGUCAAGGAAGGUUCUGCCUUAUUCGGAUCCACUCCUCGGCCCUGAAAAUUGAACCCGAUGUGCUGCUCUUAUUUUUUCGAAUAGGCACACUGUAGAUUUACAUUUGUUUGUAAAAUGUAAAUGAAAAAAAAAAUGAAGGUUCCGUUUAAUUUUUCUUUUGCUUGUAUUAUCCCAUUAAUUCCCACCGCUAAACAUCCAAAUUUGAAGUUUCA